UGCAUGCGUACAAGUCUGAAUACGCCUCUCCACUGCAUGACUUCAACACCCCAACGAGUCGCAUUCCAGCAUGGGCAAACCGUGCGUUUCAGCCCGCGUGGGUCAAAUGGGAUAAAGGAGGAGAAGAAGAAGAAGAAGGAGACGUGAAAUACAAAAACAAGAAGAGGAAGAGGCUGAAUGAAACGGGAGACAACAGUGACCCGUCUUAUGAGGCCGUCAUGAGGCCUCAGCUUUGCUGCUUGUUCCUUCUGUUGGUCGACUGUCAAGAGCGGAUCACAGGCGACUUGAGCUUCAUCAGCCCGUAUAUAAAACACUAUGAGGGGCUGUCAUACGACAGGCAGGACCUCCACAGGAAGCACCUUCUAGCCCGCAGAGAUGCAGAAACUCAGCGACAAGUGCUAGACCUUGACUUCACUGCUUUUCACAGAACUUUCCGACUACGCCUGAGACGAGAUGCCGGGACGUUCUCCGGUGAUUUCAAGGUGGUCAGUGAGGAUGGAGCCACAGCCGCGGACCUCUCACACUUAUAUUCAGGGACAUUGGAGGGUGAACACGACUCUGCCUGUCACGGGUCUGUGUUAGAGGGUCAGUUUGAAGGAAGCAUCCACACAGGCAACGUCACUUAUCACAUAGAAGCCGCUCACAGAUACAAUGUCACCGACCACCACUCCAUCAUCUAUCGUGAGGAUGACAUGGUUUUACCAACUAGAGGACCUGGACCAGAUUCUGGAUUUUGUGGUACAGAACAUCUAAAUGUGGUUGCACAAAACCUGAAACCUGUUUAUCAGGAGGCGGCAGCGAACCGUAUGAGGAGAACGCCGGACGAAGCCAAAACUAGCUGCCUGCUGCACCUCACCGCUGACCACCGCUACUUCAACAAGUUUAAGUCUGUGGAGGCUGUUGUGGCUCAGGUUGCCUCCUACAUGAGAGCGGUCAAUGACAUAUAUGACAAAGUGGAAUUUGAUGGCAUCAAGCUGAUCAACUUUAAAGUCAAAUCCCUCACUGUAAUGACAGAGGAGAACAAAACGGAUCCUCUGAAUCCUCUCUACAUUGGCCCAGAGAAGCUAUUGAGUCUUUACUCAGACAAGAACUGGGGCAACUUCUGCCUGUCGUACCUGCUAACCAACCGAGACUACAGCGGAGUGCUGGGACUCGCCUGGGAGGGCAAGGCCGGUAACUGGGGAGGUAUCUGUUCGCAGUACACUACCCUUCGCAAUGGCCGCCCUUCCACCCUGAACACAGGUUUGGUCACGAUUCAGAACUACGGACAGUUCCUGCCUCCUCGACACGUCCAGUUGACCCUCGCUCACGAACUCGGACACAGUCUUGGAUCUCCGCACGAUGAAGGCACUAAUUGCGGCGACCUGGGUUCCUCCGGUGGAAAGGGUCGAUACCUGAUGUUUCCUCAGGCCACAGAUGAUGUGCGUGAAAACAACGACAAACUGUCCCCCUGCAGCAUUAAACACAUCAGUGAGCUGCUGCGCCUCAAGAAGGACGAUUGCUUCGUGGUCAGUGAUCAGCCCAUAUGCGGUAACCAGAUAGUGGAGGAAGGCGAGGAGUGCGAUGUGGGACACAAUGACACAGACCUCUGCUGCUACAGCGCGAAAGAGCGAGUAGGGGUGCAGUGUCGCCUCAAGCCUGGCAAAAUAUGCAGUCCCAGUCAGGGCAUUUGCUGCAGUCAGGAGUGCAGUUUUAAGUCAGAGGCCCAAGCUUGUGACGAAGAGACGGACUGUCAGAUGGCCAGCAUUUGUUCGGGUCUUUCACCUGUGUGCCCUGAUCCGAGGCCAAAAGAAAACCUCAGCCUCUGCAGUCAAGGGACUCGUGUCUGCCUGAAUGGGGUCUGUGCCGAGUCUGUGUGUGUGAAACACCUGCUGGAGCAGUGUGACUGUCCGGGUGAUUCCAAGAAGCAGAAAUGCCACCUGUGCUGCCAGCAGCCCGGUGAGCCCGAGACAUGUGCUAGCACCACCUCCUCCGUGUUGGUCCGUCACUUCCAGAGAAAGGCUUUGCCCCUGGUGGGCGGUGCGCCAUGCAUGGCUAAUCAAGGCUACUGCGACAAAUUCCAGGUUUGCCGCCUGCUGGAUGCAGACGGCCCCAUCGCCAGGUUGAAGAACUCCUUUCUCAACCUUGAUGAAUUUGAAGACAUGGGAGAGUGGAUGAAGGCUCACUGGUGGGCCAUCUUGUUGGCUAUCCUGAUACUGUCUGCAAUAAUGGGCUGCACUGUCUGCCUAUGUGGCCAAACACUGGAUACCAGAAACCUGGAGUGACUCACCCUGAAGAUAGAUCAAAUACAUUUAAUUUGUCUGGGAUGGAUUUCGUGUCCCAUUUCCAUUAACUUCCUUGGAGAGACAGAUUUGGUUACAAUACUCAAUACAGAUGAAAUAAAUUAAAAAGGCAUCAGACGAAUUAACAACUGAUAGUUAGAUAUAUAUUUUUUUAUAUAUUAAACACCACCUGCUUGCCCUUCAGGGGGCUUAAUGCAACCGUAGCGAUUUUACUAGCAUCUCCAAACACAUAUUUAUAUACGAAUGCCCUUAUACAGAAAUGAAUUUGUCAUGUUCUGCAACUCAAACAAAAAUCAUCAAACUCAAUAAUUACCAUCAAACACUUGCAACCUUCUUGACCUGAAGGAAAGGAAUACAGUAAAAGGAUAAUGCAAGGAGACGACUGAGUCCGUCAGUGGAGCUAACCCAAAGAAAUCAUUAACAGAUACGUUUAUCAAAACUUAGAAGGCUAUCACUGAUAACCGAAAGACAUUAGAAUGUCACUACAUUUAAAAUACUGCAACCAUCGGGGGCCAUUUUAAAACAAUUGAAUCUCCCCUAUAAUUAUUCAGGUCAUCCAUGAUCUGUUUGUUGUUCCAUGUUGUGGCUAUACAUGACGUGUUUUCGUCCAAUAAAAUGCCUGCUCAUGUUACGAAAUGUGUCAUGGAAAAAGUCCCGGUUGUUCCCAGCUGCAGCCAAGCGCGACAACAAGGGUCCAUGUGGACCCAACAAACGCGGGAGGUAUUUCCCUCCAUUCUGUCACCAUGUCCUUGUCUUUGAACCCGAGUGCAAAUGCAUGAUCUGAUUGGAGUCCAGGUUUCCAUUACAUUGGUGUUCUACUGGUUCACCACAUUGUGACGCACGGCAAACUAAAAAUGAAUGUACUGUCCUUGAAAAUGUACAUUUACAAUGACAUUCCCUGUAAAUUCUGAGCUUUGUAUAUGUUGUACAUAAUUGCUGGAAACGUCUGAAUGAUGAGAACCAUGUACAGGUAAUGUAAUACUGAAUUGCGGAGAUAGCAUUUAGCGAGUUCUCACCAUUUUGAGGCCGUGGUGAAACUGGGACUGUGACAUGCUUGCACGUCUGGCAAGACCCCCCCCCCCCCCCCCCCCCCCCACCUCUACAGUAUUUUGGAACUUGAGCAACUAUGUUCACAUCAGUGGUUAUUUAGCGCAAUUGCUUGAGUACAAAGCCAAUUUCUCCCAAUAAAGUGAGAAAUUAGCUAGCUAGUUCGCUAGCUAGCUAUACCUACACCGCAAAACCGUAUCCUCACGAAAACCUUCACUAUGAAUGUCUACGUUAAUCUUUCUAUAUUGUGAAUUUGGGUCAGCUUGACAAUUCGCUGUAGGCCGGUGCAAGGACAAUCUGUUUUCAAGUCAAUUGACGACUAUUUACACUUCUUUAUCAAAAAGCAAAACAAUUGAAUAAAAAAUAAGGACAAUGUGACCCCUCAAGUGUUGUUUAUUAAAAAUACACGUUUUAACACCACAUAUUUACAUUUAUCUACAAGGAGAUCAGAUUACACUAAACCAAAAAUCCAUUAUUUCUUAUUUACAUCAAAUCCGGUCUGUACAGUUUUAAAAUGCUCACCCCUGCGAUCGGUGCAAAAACAGAAUUUGUGCACGUACUUUGGAGGUGGAAAAUAAAGUCACAAUGAUGACAGUUCCGAUCUCUGAGGAGUGUCACCCACA